GUUCACCCUGCUCCAUGAAACACCCGGGUUUCUUCAUACUUGCUCUUGUGUCCGUCUGUGUGUCCGGCCUCGAAACCGCGCCUCCAGGUAAGGACCCGGGGGAAUAUUGCCACAACCACAAUUGCCCAUCCGAACAAGAUCUGUUCAGGAACAUGGCGACGAAAGUACAAGAAAAACUCAAGCUCGUUGUAUUUUUUGGAUCUACGAGAGAGGGUCGCCUCGCUGACAGAGUGAAGAAAUUCGUCCUUGAUCACAUACAGAAAAAGGAGAAACACGAUAUUGUUGUUUACGAUCCUGCAGAAAAAGAGUUUCCACUUUUAAAGAAAGCGUUCCAUUACUACGACAACAAGAGCGAGGCACCAAAAUUACUUCAAGAGUGCGACGCAGAUAUCCAGACAGCAGACGAAUUUUUAUUGAUCUCAUGUGAAUACAACCACAGUAUACCUCCUGCUUUGAGUAACAUGUUGGACCAUUUCCCCGCGAGCAGCUUCGCGUGGAGACCCAGUGCAAUACUCACAUAUUCACCAAGUCAGUUUGGUGGCAUGAGAGCGGCCAUGCAGCUACGAGCGAUGACUGGAGAAUUAGGCUGUACUAGUAUAUCCAAGAUCUUCGCCAUACCGAGUCUAUACGAUGUCCUGAACGAAGACGGGACACCAAAGGAAGGCAAAAAAGAACAUCUCGUCAAAGAACUGGAUGAACUGAUGAGUCACCUUGACUGGACAGCACAAGCUUUCAAAGACAAGAAAACAAAGAGCGGUGUUCCAUCAAAUUUAUAAAGGAAUUGCUGGUAGACUUUUAGCACACAGACGUGUCAUGUACACCUGUGGUAUGUGCACGGUUAUGAUGUUGCACUCCAGAGAUCUUUAUGAGUUUAAAGAUCGGGGGAAAUUGAAGAAUCUGUUUUAACUAUCUAAACGAACAUUGACUGGUUUCAGUGUUGUCUCAUUUUUCCAAUUGGAUAUUGACUGGUUUAAAUGUUGAUCUAUCAAUAUAAUACUAUUAUCUUGAAUGAUAAAAACAAAUAUAUUUUAGAAGAAUAUUGUAUCUAUAAUGUCAUAUAGAUUAAUAGGACAAAAUUGUCACAUAAAUGUGAAAGUAAUUUUGAAAUUUUCAAAGGUGAUGUAUACGUCUAAAUAAUUAGAAUAGAAAUUUUAGCACAAGAGUCAGAAGUUUUGGAAUUCAGUUUGGAAUUUAGAUAGAUGAUGUAUAAGUCUAAACAAAAAGAAUAUCAAUUAAUGAUUUUGGUGUUUGAAAUCUAACUAUAUAGAGCUCUCUUUAAAUUGUAGUAAAUAAAUACGACUUGAUUGUAUUUUAUUAAUCAAAUGGAAUUAAGUUUUGUUAUCAAAACGUCACAUUUGGCGCUAUCUGAACCAUCUAAUGAAUAAGUGGGUCCAUCUCAGCGGCCAGGAAGUAUUAUUAAAAUAACUUGGUCCCUUUUUUUAAAAUCGCUCGCCCAACUUUGAUUAAAAAAACAUAUUUUAACUUUUUAGAGUUUUAUUACACCAUUCACGCAAGUAUCUGACUUAAUACAUAUAUUAUUUACAUCAGCGGAACUUAACAUUUAUGAAUGUAUGAAGUUCCUAUUUAAGACACAAAAUCUUCUGUUGUGGUCACGUGCCAAAAAGAAGUAAAAAAAAAAAUAUUACCAUUGCCUUACAUGACAUUUGUAUAUCUUGAACGUUUAUAAAAAUCACAAAAUCGAAUAUUGCCUUGCACGUAUUUCUCGAGCGUUUAUCAAAAUCACAGAAUCGAAUAUUAUGACAGCGUAUACAUUUUCUUAUUUCUAUAAUUAAUUUAUUUUAUUUUGUUAAAAACAAUAGAAGAUUAUUCAGACGUUCCAUUAAAGACUGAUUAUUUAUGCUAUUUUGCAGCACCGUGGGUCAGGAUAUUAACAAAUUGUGAAGAAAAGAAAAGUUCCACAAUGCGAUUUUUGAUAAAAUAUAUAAGUUUUUUUCGGAAACAAAGAAUGCAGCCAAACAAAAUGAUAGCACAUUUGUGCUGAUUGCUUCAUUUUAUGAGAGGUAAUGAAAUGUACAAUACCUGUCCACGCCAGGUUGGAAAUAAAUACACAUGUAAGUCUUAAUAAAAAUGGUUAUUGUAACUUUAAUGUGGUACGCCAUCGUAGUACAUUUUGUAUUAUAUUCUAAUAUGCUUGUUUCUGUUAAAAUUUACGCUAUUUAAAAUGACGUCACGUUAACGUGCCAUGACGUCACUGUUUUUGUUGCGCCCAAGAAAGAGCGGUACUAUAUUUUAUCUACUGUUUUAGAUUAAGGGCAUAUUAGAAUCGAAAUAAUUUAUAGCAAAAGAGUAUUUUAACACUACUUAUACACACGGGCAGAAAUACGUAGUGAAAUUAUUGAGCCCGACGUAUAACCGCCCAUCGUGCAUAAAUAGUGUUAAAACAUUCUUUUUCUAUAAAUUAUUUCUUAAAUAUUGAACCAGUGUCCGAUAUUAUAAAACUGUGUUUGAAGACCAGUCUUGCCAUUGGUCAAUUUAAAAACUGAUAUCAAAAUUAACCAAUAGGAUGCUUGGUAUUUUAGACUGGUUUCCAGACUCAUUUUGUAUAAACUUGAGCCCGGGACUUGAAAGUAUUUGUAUCUGUUUUUAUAGUAUUACUUAUCUUUUGAUUCGAAAUAAAACAUUUUUAAUUCUGUUGAAUACUUAUAAAUGAGACAAGUUUGCAGUUUGUCCCUUGAGAUCGCAUAUCUUUUGCAUUAAGCACGGUUAUUUGUGUAAACUAUUUCAUUUUGUAUUUUUAGUUGAAGAAGUUAUUUGUUUUUGAAUAAAAAUAAUUAUUUUA